AUGAUCCGCUGGCUUUUUCUGUUUUCAUCAGCACUUCAAGUUUCUCAUAUAUUGAACGUUGUCACUUCCAUCAACAGUAUCGUUUCCAACAAGAACACACGAAAUGUUCUUUUCAGACAAAUCGGAGUGGAAGGGUCCCCUGCAGGUUGACAUGCCAACAGGCGAAUCUCUUCCGUCAGAAGGAAUCGAAGGACAAUGUUUUUUUAAUAAUCUUCAUUUUUUAGUUUCAAAACCGCUCUUUUUCAGCCGUGGUGCUGACAUUGAUCUCAAGAUUCGCGUACGCGAUCAUAAUCAUAGUUGUCGUCCUUUUCUUGCUGGCCACGUGCGGCUUAUGUAUUUUCUUUUUCAUUCGUGAGGUUUUUCAUCAGAAACAAGCGCCAUCGGAGAAAUUACGAGUUUUGUUCUUUCCAGCAAAAACGGGCUAAGAGAACAAGAGAGCAGAGAGAGCUUGAGCGGUCGAGAUUGUUGAGUCACACUGAAAACGAGGAACAAUCUUUCGAGGUUCUAUUUCAUUCUAUGACGAGGUAUAAUACUUCUCACUACAGAACGGUCCUAUUUUGUUAUUUUGAAUCGAAUAGGACAAGUGGAGUUAGUGAGCUCUAAAGUGAUAUUUAUUUUGACUUACUAAGUCCAAAGGUUCCCAUUCGUGAAGCUUAACAUCUCCUUUGAAUUCAAAAUACAUAGCUUUAAAAACUUUGGCUUUUUUUUCAGAAGUCAAAAAACUGAUUGAAGAUUUGAAUUUUUCUUUUUCUUUUACAGUGCCAGUUAUCCGUGAAAAAUGAAAGCUCGAAGCAAGAUUUUUCAUCUCCGCUCGAGCGUGAGUGAAAUCUUCUUGAAGAAGACAAAUAAAUCGAUGAUUUCAGCUUCGAUGUCCAGCGACGUCAUGGUUUCAGAUAAAAGCAGUGCAACUAAGAUUCUUGCUUAA